AGAGAGCUAUUAGUUGGAGGGCUGUCUGCUCUUGGGACUUUUCUUAAGGCUCUGUUAAGGGAUUUCAGACCAGGACAGGGAGAGGCAGAGACCGGGAGAACACACUCGUGUGCUUCUUGCUUAUUCCCCCCCUGCCACACGCAUGGCCAGAUAAGAUGGACCGGUGGAAAAGCAAACUGGCCGCUUUUUGCAGAAGAAUAUCGCUGCUCAUCAUUUUACUGCAAGCAAGCACGACAACUACAAGAGCGGCAAACCCCAUCGAUGUGUUGAGAGUCCUGGACAUUUCAGAUGCCAUGGAGGGGGUGGUUCUGGACGCAGGACUGUGCGUGAGCAGGAAAGGUGGAGAAGAGCCGGACAUCGCCUUCAGGAUAUCAAAGAAAAUCCAGCUGAGCGCUCCGACAAAGAAGCUGUUUCCAGACCGCCCAUUCCCCGUGGACUUCUCUUUGAUGACGACGGUCAAGGCAAAGAAGGGCACCCAGUUCUUCCUGCUGUCGGUCUACGACGAUCAGGGGGUGCAGCAGCUGGGGCUGGAGAUCGGACGCUCCCCCGUCUUCCUGUACGAGGACCAGGACGGCAAGCCACCCCCCGAGGACUACCCCAUCUUCAAGAAGAUCAACCUCGCAGACGGAAAAUGGCACCGUGUAGCUAUCAGUGUGGAAGGCCAGACCGUCACGAUGUACCUGGAUUGUAAAAGGUAUCAGACUCUUGAUUUGCUGAGAGGAGACAGUCCUGUUAUCAGCACUGACGGUGUGACUGUGUUUGGCACCAGGCUGCUGGACGAGGAAGUAUUUGAGGGAGAUAUUCAGCAGCUUUUGAUUCUAGAGGACCCCAAGGCAGCUGCUGAAUACUGUGAGCACUACAUUCCCGACUGCGAUGCCGCCCUGCCCUACACCCUACAGGCAGAGGACCCCGCACCAGAGCUUUACUUGCAGAAGGGGCUGCAGGAAGCCCCCGGCAACCAAAAACAGAAAAAAGACAAAAAAAAGAAAAAAGACAAAAAAGGCAAAAGGUCUAAAAACAAGAGGGACAAAUCCUCUGAGACAAAAACCGAGAAAGAGGGUAGAAAGAACAAACACGUGCUGGGUCCUGAAGAAGAAAUAGAGUCACUGCUGCUGGCUGACACGCUGCUUGAACCAACAGUGGGGUCGCUUAUAGCAACUACACUGCCUCCUGGAAAGAUGCUGGAGGUCCUUGAGGAGGUUACAGCAUUACCUGAACUGACAAACGAUGCCUAUGGGGCGGCUACACUGUUGCCCGAACUGGCAGUCGACGAGGGCAUUGAGGUGACUACAUCGCUGCCUGAACCGAUGCAGGAUGUCCUUGGCGUAGCUACAUUGUUGCCCAAACUGGCAGUCGACGAGGGCAUUGAGGUGGCUACAUCGCUGCCUGAACCGAUGCAGGAUGUCCUUGGCGUAGCUACAUUGUUGCCCAAACUGGCAGUCGAUGAGGCCAUUGAGGUGGCUACAUCACUGCCUGAUUUGAUACAAGAGGCCCUUGUGGUGGCUACGCUGCUGCCCGAAGCGACGAUAAACCCAGCUUCUGGGGAAGAGGAUGAGGAGAAACCCAAGCGACCAAAGGCGGAGGAGCUGGAGGAAGACUACUACUUCAGCGAGUACGAUAACAUCCCCGUGUCCACUGUGACAGCGGGGCCCAAUGUCACUGAGGAGGGGUUUGAGUAUGAGGAGGUGGGGCCCGAGGACCAGGACAGCACCUACGAGGUGAAGGAGUACGAGGUGAAUGAAUACGAGGAGUAUGUAGAAGGCGAGUACGAGGAUCGCUACGGGCCUGUGGAGCGAGAGGAAGCGGAGACCAAAGAUUAUGACGAGACAAAAAGACCACCUGAGAAGGGAGAAAAGGGAGAACCAGCAGUAAUUGAACCGGGAAUGCUGGUACCGGGACCUCCUGGCCCCCAAGGACCCCCGGGGGAACCUGGCACCCCAGGACCAAUGGGAUACCCUGGCUUACCUGGGGACACCGGAGACUUUGGACCUGCUGGACGCCCGGGCCUUCCUGGGGCUGAUGGGAUACCAGGUCCUCCAGGGACUAUGCUGAUGUUACCGUUCCAGUAUGGAAACGAUGGUCAGAAGGGUCCGAUAAUUUCUGCUCAAGAGGUUCAAGCUCAGGCUAUUCUCCAGCAGACCAAGCUUUCUCUGAAAGGACCUCCUGGGCCGAUGGGGAUGACCGGGAGACAGGGGCCUCUGGGUCUCCCUGGAGCUUCCGGUCAGAAGGGAGACUCAGGUGAUAUGGGACCCCAGGGUCCAAAGGGAAUUCCGGGUCCAGUAGGAAUGACAGGAAAAGUUGGGAAGAGGGGGCGGGCAGGGUCAGACGGGAUCAGAGGCGUGCCUGGAGAGGUGGGGGGUAAGGGCGACAGAGGCUUUGACGGUCUUCCAGGCCUCCCAGGGGAUAAAGGACACAGAGGAGAACUUGGAAAGCCAGGACCUCAUGGCCCUGCCGGGGAGCCUGGCGAGAGGGGACCUGAUGGACCUGCAGGACCAAGAGGGUUGGCUGGAGAACCUGGUAUCCGUGGUUUAGUUGGACCCCGAGGAUCUGCAGGCCCCCCUGGACAGCCUGGAAUUCGCGGAAUGGAUGGAGUUCAAGGACCUAAAGGAAACUUGGGACCUCUAGGUGAGCCUGGCCCCUCUGGGCAGCAAGGAAAUCCCGGAGAACAGGGUCUGCCUGGCCCACAGGGUCCUAUUGGAAUGCCUGGUGAAAAGGGUCCCGUUGGAAAAGCAGGUCUGCCUGGACUUCCCGGGUCAGAUGGUCCUCCGGGUCACCCAGGAAGAGAAGGCCCACCAGGAGAGAAAGGGGUUUUUGGUCCCCUUGGAGCCCAGGGUCCAGUUGGCUACCCCGGAACUCGUGGUGUUAAGGGUGCCAGUGGUGUCAGAGGCCUCAUAGGAAACAAAGGUGAAAAGGGUGAAGAUGGCUUCCCAGGGUUCAAAGGCGACAUGGGGCCGAAAGGAGAUGGAGGCGAUGUCGGAGUGGUGGGAUCCCGUGGAGAGGACGGUCCCGAGGGUCUGAAGGGUCAAAGUGGGCCGACCGGUGAGGCUGGGCCAGCCGGUUCUGCCGGAGAGAAGGGUAAACUCGGAGUGCCCGGCCUUCCAGGCUAUCCCGGGAGACAGGGACCCAAGGGCUCAGUUGGGUUUAUAGGAUCUAUAGGACUUCUUGGAGAAAAGGGCAAAAGGGGAGCGGCUGGAGAGUCUGGGGCUGCUGGACAGAGAGGUCCGACAGGUGCCCGAGGCGGGAGAGGACAGAAAGGACCGACUGGGAAACCAGGGAUGAAGGGCACCGCUGGCAAUGAGGGGCCGGCUGGAUCUCCUGGCGAUAAGGGGCCUCAAGGACCACAGGGGCCAAAUGGGACCCCAGGACCUAAAGGGCCAAAUGGUCUGUCUGGAAAAGAUGGGAUCCCAGGACAUCCUGGACAGAGGGGUGAGCCGGGUUUCCAAGGUAAAACUGGCCCUCCAGGACCCACGGGAGUGGUUGGACCACAGGGCAAGUCAGGAGAGAUUGGGCCGAUGGGCGAGAGAGGACACCCUGGGUCCCCAGGACCCCCCGGAGAGCAGGGCCUGCCAGGGUCAGCGGGAAAGGAAGGGUACAAGGGAGAUCCUGGACCGCCUGGAAUUCCUGGGAAAAACGGUCCGGCAGGCCUGAGAGGUUUUCAAGGAAGAAGCGGGAUCGCGGGCACCAUGGGUCCUCAUGGUUUGAAAGGAGGAGAGGGGCCCCCUGGAUCUUCUGGGCUGCUUGGUUCGGCAGGGGAGAGAGGACCCCCAGGACCUGCGGGAGGAAUCGGCUUGCCUGGUCGUCCCGGCAGCACUGGCCCCCCUGGUCCAAUGGGAGAGAAAGGAUCUCCGGGGGAGAAAGGUCCAGUGGGCCCGGUCGGGCAGGACGGUACUCAAGGACCGAUGGGUCUUCUUGGGGUGGCUGGACCUCAGGGGCCUCCUGGGGAAGAUGGAGACAAGGGCGAAACUGGAGGCCCUGGACAGAAAGGAAGUAAAGGAGACAAGGGAGAAUUGGGCCCACCUGGACCCGCUGGCAGCCAAGGGCCUAUUGGACACAUGGGACCCCGGGGAACCGACGGAGACCCAGGACCCAGGGGGCAGCAGGGAAUGUACGGGCCCAAGGGGGAUGAAGGAGCCCGGGGCUUCAAUGGAAUUGAGGGGCCCACUGGGCUGCAGGGAUUGCCAGGUCCACCUGGAGAGAAGGGGGAGAGCGGGCAUGUUGGCUUGAUGGGUCCUCCCGGUCAGGCCGGCCCCAGAGGGCCCAUCGGGUCUAAUGGAGGGGAGGGCCCAUAUGGAAUGCCUGGAGGUGUUGGUCAACCUGGUUUCGUUGGAGAAAAGGGUGAAGAUGGUGAGGCUGGGAACCCUGGUCCACCUGGGAAGGCAGGCCCAACUGGCCCUAAAGGAGAUGUCGGAGAGAAGGGGGAUACUGGCCCCUCUGGUGCUGCUGGGCCCCCAGGAGGAAAGGGCCCCCCUGGGGAAGAUGGUUCCAAAGGCAACCCUGGUCCAAUUGGAUUUCCAGGAGACUCUGGCUCCCCAGGAGAAGCUGGUAUCAAUGGUAUCGACGGAGAAGCUGGAGACAAGGGAGAUGACGGCAAACCGGGCAACCCUGGCCCACCUGGAGCCUCAGGAGAACCCGGACCACCUGGCCCACCUGGGAAGAAGGGACCUCUUGGAGCUGCUGGUAAAGAAGGAAAUCAGGGACAGAAGGGAGCCAAGGGGGCGUCAGGAGCCGAGGGUCCUGUAGGGAAGACUGGCCCAGUUGGAGCUCAGGGACACCCGGGCAAGCCUGGACUGCAAGGAAUGAGGGGCAUCCCGGGGCCCGCUGGAGAACAAGGUCUAAAUGGACCGCCUGGACAAAGUGGACCUCCUGGACCGUCGGGCCCUCCUGGUCUGCCUGGUCUCAAAGGGGAUGUUGGAAGGAAAGGUGACAAGGGCCAUGCUGGCUUGAUCGGGCUGAUCGGCACUCCUGGAGAGCAGGGUGAGAAGGGAGACCGGGGGAUGCCCGGGAGCCAGGGAGCACAGGGACCCAAAGGAGACGGGGGUGUGGUCGGUCCCCUGGGUCCCCUUGGUCCCCCAGGACCUCCAGGUCUACCAGGUCCACUUGGUCAGAAGGGAUCUAAAGGAGAAUCCGGAGCCACUGGUCAGAGAGGAGACACAGGCCCAGUUGGACCCCCGGGACUUCCUGGCCCCCCGGCUGAGAUGACCGAGCCCCUCCCAGUCCAGGGCACAGGGAAGAGGAGACGACACUCGGAGACCGUGCAGGGGGACCAGCCCGAGGACGUGAGCGACACCGUGGACGGCAUGGAGGAGGUCUUUGCCUCCCUCAACUCCAUGAAGUCAGAGGUGGAGCAGAUGAGGAAGCCUCUGGGCACCUUUGAGAGCCCCGCCCGCACCUGCAAGGAGCUGCACAUGUGCCAGCCCCACUUCAGAGACGGAGAUUACUGGAUUGAUCCAAACCAAGGAUGCCACAGAGAUUCCUUCAAGGUGUUCUGCAACUUCACUGCGGAAGGAGAAACCUGUCUCUUCCCAGACAAGAAAUCGGAAGCUGUUAAGCUCGCCUCGUGGAACAAAGAGAAGCAAGGAAGCUGGUUUAGUGAUUUUAAACGCGGUAAAAAGUUCUACUACAUCGACUCUGACGGGAAUCCGGUCCAGGUGGUCCAGAUGACCUUCCUGAAACUGCUGAGCGCCACGGCACGCCAGACCUUCACCUACAACUGCCAGAAAUCCAUCGGCUGGUAUGACUCUACCUCCAACAGCCACGACAAGUCCCUGCGCUUCCUGGGGGCCAACGACGAGGAGCUGUCCUAUGCCAAGACGCCCUUCAUGAGGGCACUCUACGACGGCUGUGAGUCACGGAAAAGUAACGAAAAAACGAUUCUGGAAAUCGACUCUGUGAAAGUUGAGGUGCUUCCCAUCAAAGACGUGGCGGUUUCAGAUUUCGGGCAGUCGAGCCAGAAGUUCGGGUUUGAGGUCGGGCCCGUGUGCUUCAACGGCUAAACCGAAGAAAAGGAAAAGAAACAAACAAACAAAAAAACUGUUCUGUUCCGCGAUUGCCUCAAGCAAUACAGUAUUUAUAU